AUGGCCCUUCCUGAAAAGCAUACUGCUUUUCACAGGCUCGCUGCUCCCCCUCCCUGCCUCUCCCCUGCUGCCUCCUUCCUGGUGAGUAUACCUCUCUGGAACCUGGCAGCAUCGCCGUCCUUCACUCUCAUUUCCAACACCCCCUCCUCCUUUUUCUCUCCCCCUCCGCCCCUUGCCCCACUCCCCCGAGUGGUGCGUACACCCAACUGGGACCGGGCAGAAUCAGAUGGCGUUUGCAGUAGAAGCCACAUCAGAUGUUCUGUUACUGGUGGGGAAGAGAUGGUGAGUGGGGGGGAGGCAGAUGAGCGAGAGGGUGUUGCCCUCAUCAUCCCUCAUCUCAUCAUCCCUCCCCUCAUCAUCCCUCCCUCAUCAUCCCUCAUCUCAUCAUCCCUCCCUCAUCAUCCCUCCCCUCAUCAUCCCUCCCCUCAUCAUCCCUCCCCUCAUCAUCCCUCCCCUCAUCAUCCCUCCCCUCAUCAUCCCUCCCCUCAUCAUCCCUCCCCUCAUCAUCCCUCCCCUCAUCAUCCCUCCCCUCAUCAUCCCUCCCCUCAUCAUCCCUCCCCUCAUCAUCCCUCCCCUCAUCAUCCCUCCCCUCAUCAUCCCUCCCCUCAUCAUCCCUCCCCUCAUCAUCCCUCCCCUCAUCAUCCCUCCCCUCAUCAUCCCUCCCCUCAUCAUCCCUCCCCUCAUCAUCCCUCCCCUCAUCCCUCCCCUCAUCAUCCUCCCCUCAUCAUCCCUCCCCUCAUCAUCCCUCCCUCAUCAUCCCUCCCCUCAUCAUCCCUCCCCUCAUCAUCCCUCCCCUCAUCAUCCCUCCCCUCAUCAUCCCUCCCCUCAUCAUCCCUCCCCUCAUCAUCCCUCCCCUCAUCAUCCCUCCCCUCAUCAUCCCUCCCCUCAUCAUCCCUCCCCUCAUCAUCCCUCCCCUCAUCAUCCCUCCCCUCAUCAUCCCUCCCCUCAUCAUCCCUCCCCUCAUCAUCCCUCCCCUCAUCAUCCCUCCCCUCAUCAUCCCUCCCUCAUCAUCCCUCCCCUCAUCAUCCCUCCCCUCAUCAUCCCUCCACUCAUCAUCCCUCCCCUCAUCAUCCCUCCCCUCAUCAUCCCUCCCCUCAUCAUCCCUCCCCUCAUCAUCCCUCCCCUCAUCAUCCCUCCCCUCAUCAUCCCUCCCCUCAUCAUCCCUCAUCUCAUCAUCCCUCCCCUCAUCAUCCCUCCCCUCAUCAUCCCUCAUCUCAUCAUCCCUCCCCUCAUCAUCCCUCCCCUCAUCAUCCCUCAUCUCAUCAUCAUCCCUCCUCCCUCAUCAUCCCUCCCCUCAUCAUCCCUCCCCUCAUCAUCCCUCCCCUCAUCAUCCCUCCCCUCAUCAUCCCUCCCCUCAUCAUCCCUCCCCUCAUCAUCCCUCCCCUCAUCAUCCCUCCCCUCAUCAUCCCUCCCCUAAUCAUCCCUCCCCUCAUCAUCCCUCCCCUCAUCAUCCCUCCCCUCAUCAUCCCUCCCCUCAUCAUCCCUCCCCUCAUCAUCCCUCCCCUCAUCAUCCCUCCCCUCAUCAUCCCUCCCCUCAUCAUCCCUCCCCUCAUCAUCCCUCCCCUCAUCAUCCCUCCCCUCAUCAUCCCUCCCCUCAUCAUCCCUCAUCUCAUCAUCCCUCCCCUCAUCAUCCCUCCCCACAUCAUCCCUCCCCUCAUCAUCCCUCCCCUCAUCAUCCCUCCCCUCAUCAUCCCUCCCCUCAUCAUCCCUCCCCUCAUCAUCCCUCCCCUCAUCAUCCCUCCCCUCAUCAUCCCUCCCCUCAUCAUCCCUCCCCUCAUCAUCCCUCCCCUCAUCAUCCCUCCCCUCAUCAUCCCUCCCCUCAUCAUCCCUCCCCUCAUCAUCCUCCCCUCAUCAUCCCUCCCCUCAUCAUCCCUCCCCUCAUCAUCCCUCCCUCAUCAUCCCUCCCCUCAUCAUCCCUCCCCUCAUCAUCCCUCCCCUCAUCAUCCCUCCCCUCAUCAUCCCUCCCCUCAUCAUCCCUCCCCUCAUCAUCCCUCCCCUCAUCAUCCCUCCCCUCAUCAUCCCUCCCCUCAUCAUCCCUCCCCUCAUCAUCCCUCCCCUCAUCAUCCCUCCCCUCAUCAUCCCUCCCCUCAUCAUCCCUCCCCUCAUCAUCCCUCCCCUCAUCAUCCCUCCCCUCAUCAUCCCUCCCCUCAUCAUCCCUCCCCUCAUCAUCCCUCCCCUCAUCAUCCCUCCCCUCAUCAUCCCUCCUCAUCAUCCCUCCCUCAUCAUCCCUCCCCUCAUCAUCCCUCCCUCAUCAUCCCUCCCUCAUCAUCCCUCUCCCUCAUCAUCCCUCCCCUCAUCAUCCCUCCCCUCAUCAUCCCUCCCCUCAUCAUCCCUCCCCUCAUCAUCCCUCCCCUCAUCAUCCCUCCCCUCAUCAUCCCUCCCCUCAUCAUCCCUCCCCUCAUCAUCCCUCCCCUCAUCAUCCCUCCCCUCAUCAUCCCUCCCCUCAUCAUCCCUCCCCUCAUCAUCCCUCAUCUCAUCAUCCCUCCCCUCAUCAUCCCUCAUCUCAUCAUCCCUCCCCUCAUCAUCCCUCAUCUCAUCAUCCCUCCCCUCAUCAUCCCUCAUCUCAUCAUCCCUCCCCUCAAUCAUCCCUCCCUCAUCAUCCCUCAUCAUCCCUCCCUCAUCAUCCCUCCCCUCAUCAUCCCUCCCCUCAUCAUCCCUCCCCUCAUCAUCCCUCCCCUCAUCAUCCUCAUCUCAUCAUCCCUCCCCUCAUCAUCCCUCCCCUCAUCAUCCCUCCCCUCAUCAUCCCUCCCUCAUCAUCCCUCCCCUCAUCAUCCCUCCCCUCAUCAUCCCUCCCCUCAUCAUCCCUCCCCUCAUCAUCCCUCCCCUCAUCAUCCCUCCCCUCAUCAUCCCUCCCCCUCAUCAUCCCUCCCCUCAUCAUCCCUCCCCUCAUCAUCCCUCCCCUCAUCAUCCCUCCCCUCAUCAUCCCUCCCCUCAUCAUCCCUCCCCUCAUCAUCCCUCCCCUCAUCAUCCCUCCCCUCAUCAUCCCUCCCCUCAUCAUCCCUCCCCUCAUCAUCCUCCCCUCAUCAUCCCUCCCCUUCAUCAUCCCUCCCCUCAUCAUCCUCCCUCAUCAUCCCUACCCUCAUCAUCCCUCCCCAUCAUCAUCCCUCAUCAUCCUCCCCUCAUCAUCCCUCCCCUCAUCAUCCUCCCCUCAUCAUCCCUCCCCUCAUCAUCCCUCCCCUCAUCAUCCCUCCCCUCAUCAUCCCUCCCUCAUCAUCCUCCCCUCAUCAUCCCUCCCCUCAUCAUCCCUCCCCUCAUCAUCCCUCCCCUCAUCAUCCCUCCCCUCAUCAUCCCUCCCUCAUCAUCCCUCCCCUCAUCAUCCCUCCCCUCAUCAUCCUCCCCUCAUCAUCCCUCCCCUCAUCAUCCCUCAUCUCAUCAUCCGCCCCUCAUCAUCCCUCAUCUCAUCAUCCCUCCCCUCAUCAUCCCUCCCCUCAUCAUCCCUCCCCUCAUCAUCCUCCCCUCAUCAUCCCUCCCCUCAUCAUCCUCCCCUCAUCAUCCCUCCCCUCAUCAUACCUCCCCUCAUCAUCCCUCCCCUCAUCAUCCUCCCUCAUCAUCCCUCCCCUCAUCAUCCCUCCCCUCAUCAUCCCUCCCUCAUCAUCCCUCCCUCAUCAUCCCUCCCCUCAUCAUCCCUCCCCUCAUCAUCCUCCCCUCAUCAUCCCUCCCCUCAUCAUCCCUCAUCCUCCUCAUCAUCCCUCCCUCAUCAUCCCUCCUCAUCAUCCCUCCCCUCAUCAUCCCUCCCCUCAUCAUCCCUCCCCUCAUCAUCCCUCCUCAUCAUCCCUCCCUCAUCAUCCCUCCCCUCAUCAUCCUCCUCAUCAUCCCUCCCCUCAUCAUCCCUCCCUCAUCAUCCCUCCCCUCAUCAUCCUCCCCUCAUCAUCCUCCUCAUCAUCCCUCCCCUCAUCAUCCCUCCCCUCAUCAUCCCUCCCCUCAUCAUCCCUCCCCUCAUCAUCCCUCCCCUCAUCAUCCCCUCCCCUCAUCAUCCCUCCCCUCAUCAUCCCUCCCCUCAUCAUCUCCCCUUCAUCCCUCCUCAUCAUCCCUCCCCUCAUCAUCCCUCCCCUCAUCAUCCCUCCCCUCAUCAUCCCUCCCCUCAUCAUCCCUCCCCUCACCAUCAUCCCUGCCCCUCAUCAUCCCUCCCCUCAUUCAUCCCUCCCCUCAUCUCCCUCCCCUCAUCAUCCUCCCUCAUCAUCCCUCCCCUCAUCAUCCCUCCCCUCAUCAUCCCUCCCCUCAUCAUCCCUCCCCUCAUCAUCCCUCCCCUCAUCCAUCCCUCCCCUCAUCAUCCCUCCCCUCAUCAUCCUCCCCUCAUCAUCCCUCCCCUCAUCAUCCCUCCCCUCAUCAUCCAUCCCUCACAUCAUCCCUCCCCUCAUCAUCCUCCCCUCAUCAUCCUCCCCUCAUCAUCCCUCCCCUCAUCAUCCCUCCCCUCAUCAUCCCUCCCCUCAUCAUCCCUCCCCUCAUCAUCCCUCCCCUCAUCAUCCUCAUCUCAUCAUCCCGCCCCUCUCAUCAUCCUGCAUACUUCAUAUCACCUCAUCCCUCUCAUCAUCCCUCAUCUCAUCAUCCUCCCCGUUCAUUCAUUCCUCAAGUCUCAUCAUCCCUCCCCAUCAAUCAUCCUCCAUCUCAUCAUCCCUCCCCUCAUCAUCCCUCCCCUCAUCAUCCCUCCCCUCAUCAUCCCUCCCCUCAUCAUCCCUCCCCUCAUCAUCCCUCCCCUCAUCAUCCCUCCCCUCAUCAUCCCUCCCCUCAUCAUCCCUCCCCUCAUCAUCCCUCCCCUCAUCAUCCCUCCCCUCAUCAUCCCUCCCCUCAUCAUCAUCCCUACCCUCAUCAUCCCUCCCCUCAUCAUCCCUCCCCUCAUCAUCCCUCCCCUCAUCAUCCCUCCCCUCAUCAUCCCUCCCCUCAUCAUCCCUCCCCUCAUCAUCCCUCCCCUCAUCAUCCCUCCCCUCAUCAUCCCUCCCCUCAUCAUCCCUCCCCUCAUCAUCCCUCCCCUCAUCAUCCCUCCCUCAUCAUCCCUCCCCUCAUCAUCCCUCCCCUCAUCAUCCCUCCCCUCAUCAUCCCUCCCCUCAUCAUCCCUCCCCUCAUCAUCCCUCCCCUCAUCAUCCCUCCCCUCAUCAUCCCUCCCCUCAUCAUCCUCCCCUCAUCAUCCCUCAUCUCAUCAUCCCUCCCCUCAUCAUCCUCAUCCCUCAUCAUCCCUCCCUCAUCAUCCCUCCCUCAUCAUCCCUCCCCUCAUCAUCCCUCCCCUCAUCAUACCCUCCCCUCAUCAUCCCUCCCCUCAUCAUCCUCCCCUCAUCAUCCCUCCCCUCAUCAUCCCUCCCCUCAUCAUCCCUCCCCUCAUCAUCCCUCCCCUCAUCAUCCCUCCCCUCAUCAUCCCUCCCCUCAUCAUCCCUCCCCUCAUCAUCCUCCCCUCAUCAUCCCUCCCCUCAUCAUCCCUCCCCUCAUCAUCCCUCCCCUCAUCAUCCCUCAUCUCAUCAUCCCUCCCCUCAUCAUCCCUCAUCUCAUCAUCCCUCCCCUCAUCAUCCCUCAUCUCAUCAUCCCUCCCCUCAUCAUCCCUCAUCUCAUCAUCCCUCCCCUCAACAUCCUCCCCUCAUCAUCCCUCAUCUCAUCAUCCCUCCCCUCAUCAUCCCUCCCUCAUCAUCCCUCCCCUCAUCAUCCCUCCCCUCAUCAUCCCUCCCCUCAUCAUCCUCCCCUCAUCAUCCCUCCCCUCAUCAUCCCUCCCCUCAUCAUCCCUCCCCUCAUCAUCCCUCCCCUCAUCAUCCCUCCCCUCAUCAUCCCUCCCCUCAUCAUCCCUCCCCUCAUCAUCCCUCCCCUCAUCAUCCCUCCCUCAUCAUCCCUCCCCUCAUCAUCCCUCCCCUCAUCAUCCCUCCCCUCAUCAUCCCUCCCCUCAUCAUCCCUCCCCUCAUCAUCCCUCCCCUCAUCAUCCCUCCCCUCAUCCAUCCCUCCCCUCAUCAUCCCUCCCCUCAUCAAUCCCUCCCCUCAUCAUCCCUCCCCUCAUCAUCCCUCCCCUCAUCAUCCCUCCCCUCAUCAUCCCUCCCCUCAUCAUCCCUCCCCUCAUCAUCCCUCCCCUCAUCAUCCCUCCCCUCAUCAUCCUCCCCUCAUCAUCCCUCCCCUCAUCAUCCCUCCCCUCAUCAUCCCUCCCCUCAUCAUCCCUCCCCUCAUCAUCCCUCCCCUCAUCAUCCCUCCCCUCAUCAUCCUCCCUCAUCAUCCCUCCCCUCAUCAUCCUCCCUCAUCCCCAUCCCUGUAUCCCUCAUCAUCCUCCCUCAUCAUCCCUCCCCUCAUCAUCCCUCCCCUCAUCAUCCCUCCCCUCAUCAUCCCUCCCCUCAUCAUCCCUCCCCUCAUCAUCCCUCCCCUCAUCAUCCCUCCCCUCAUCAUCCCUCCCCUCAUCAUCCCUCAUCUCAUCAUCCCGCCCCUCAUCAUCCCUCAUCUCAUCAUCCCUCCCCUCAUCAUCCCUCCCCUCAUCAUCCCUCCCCUCAUCAUCCCUCCCCUCAUCAUCCCUCCCCUCAUCAUCCCUCCCCUCAUCAUCCCUCCCCUCAUCAUACCUCCCCUCAUCAUCCCUCCCCUCAUCAUCCCUCCCCUCAUCAUCCCUCCCCUCAUCAUCCCUCCCCUCAUCAUCCCUCCCCUCAUCAUCCCUCCCCUCAUCAUCCCUCCCCUCAUCAUCCCUCCCCUCAUCAUCCCUCCCCUCAUCAUCCCUCCCCUCAUCAUCCCUCCCCUCAUCAUCCCUCCCCUCAUCAUCCCUCCCCUCAUCAUCCCUCCCCUCAUCAUCCCUCCCUCAUCAUCCCUCCCUCAUCAUCCCUCCCCUCAUCAUCCCUCCCCUCAUCAUCCCUCCCCUCAUCAUCCCUCCCCUCAUCAUCCUCCCCUCAUCAUCCCAUCACCCCUCAUCAUCCUCCCCUCAUCAUCCCUCCCCUCAUCAUCCUCCCCUCAUCAUCCCUCCCCUCAUCAGUCCAUCCCCUCAUCAUCCCUCCCCUCAUCAUCCCUCCCUCAUCAUCCCUCCCCUCAUCAUUCCCCUCCCCUCAUCAUCCCUCCCCUCAUCAUCCCUCCCUCAUCAUCCCUCCCCUCAUCAUCCCUCCCCUCAUCAUCCCUCCCCCUCAUCAUUCAUCCUCCCCUCAUCAUCCCUCCCCUCAUCAUCCUCCCUCAUCAUCCCUCCCCUCAUCAUCCCUCCCCUCAUCAUCCCUCCCCUCAUCAUCCCUCCCUCAUCAUCCCUACCCUCAUCAUCCCUCCCCUCAUCAUCCCUCAUCUCCCUCCCUCAUCAUCCCUCCCCUCAUCAUCCCUCCCCUCAUCAUCCCUCCCUCAUCAUCCCUCCCCUCAUCAUCCCUCCCCUCAUCAUCCCUCCCCUCAUCAUCCCUCCCCUCAUCAUCCCUCCCCUCAUCAUCCCUCCCCUCAUCAUCCCUCCCCUCAUCAUCCCUCCCCUCAUCAUCCCUCCCCUCAUCAUCCCUCCCCUCAUCAUCCCUCCCCUCAUCAUCCCUCCCCUCAUCAUCCCUCCCCUCAUCAUCCCUCCCCUCAUCAUCCCUCCCCUCAUCAUCCCUCCCCUCAUCAUCCUCCCCUCAUCAUCCCUCCCCUCAUCAUCCCUCCCCUCAUCAUCCCUCCCCUCAUCAUCCCUCCCCUCAUCAUCCCUCCCCUCAUCAUCCCUCCCCUCAUCAUCCCUCCCCUCAUCAUCCUCCCAUCAUCCUCCCCUCAUCAUCCCUCCCCUCAUCAUCCCUCAUCUCAUCAUCCCUCCCCUCAUCAUCCCUCAUCUCAUCAUCCCUCCCCUCAUCAUCCCUCCUCAUCAUCCUCCCUCAUCAUCCUCCCCUCAUCAUCCCUCCCCUCAUCAUCCUCCCUCACAUCUCCCUCAUCAUCCCUCCCCUCAUCAUCCCUCCCCUCAUCAUCCCUCCCCUCAUCAUCCCUCCCCUCAUCAUCCCUCAUCUCAUCAUCCCUCCCCUCAUCAUCCCUCCCCUCAUCAUCCCUCCCCUCAUCAUCCCUCCCCUCAUCAUCCCUCCCCUCAUCAUCCCUCCCCUCAUCAUCCCUCCCCUCAUCAUCCCUCCCCUCAUCAUCCCUCCCCUCAUCAUCCCUCCCCUCAUCAUCCCUCCCCUCAUCAUCCCUCCCCUCAUCAUCCCUCCCCUCAUCAUCCCUCCCCUCAUCAUCCCUCCCCUCAUCAUCCCUCCCCUCAUCAUCCCUCCCCUCAUCAUCCCUCCCCUCAUCAUCCCUCCCCUCAUCAUCCCUCCCCUCAUCAUCCCUCCCCUCAUCAUCCCUACCCUCAUCAUCCCUCCCCUCAUCAUCCCUCCCCUCAUCAUCCCUCCCCUCAUCAUCCCUCCCCUCAUCAUCCCUCCCCUCAUCAUCCCUCCCCUCAUCAUCCCUCCCCUCAUCAUCCCUCCCCUCAUCAUCCCUCCCCUCAUCAUCCCUCCCCUCAUCAUCCCUCCCCUCAUCAUCCCUCCCCUCAUCAUCCCUCCCCUCAUCAUCCCUCCCCUCAUCAUCCCUCCCCUCAUCAUCCCUCCCCCUCAUCAUCCCUCCCCUCAUCAUCCCUCAUCCCUCCCUCUCAUCCCUCCCCUCAUCAUCCCUCCCCUCAUCAUCCCCCUCAUCCCUCCCUCAUCAUCCCUCCGCCUCAUCAUCCUCCCUCUCAUCAUCCCUCCCCUCAUCAUCCCUCCCCUCAUCAUCCCUCAUCUCAUCAUCCCUCAUCUCAUCAUCCCUCCCCUCAUCAUCCCUCCCCUCAUCAUCCCUCCCCUCAUCAUCCCUCCCUCAUCAUCCUCCCUCAUCAUCCCUCCCCUCAUCAUCCCUCCCCUCAUCAUCCCUCCCUCAUCAUCCCUCCCCUCAUCAUACCUCCCUCAUCAUCCCUCCCCUCAUCAUCCCUCCCCUCAUCAUCCCUCCCCUCAUCAUCCUCCCCUCAUCAUCCCUCCCCUCAUCAUCCCUCCCCUCAUCAUCCCUCCCCUCAUCAUCCCUCCCCUCAUCCCCUCAUCAUCCCUCCCCUCAUCAUCCCUCCCCUCAUCAUCCCUCAUCUCAUCAUCCCUCCCCUCAUCAUCCCUCCCCUCAUCAUCCCUCAUCUCAUCAUCCCUCAUCUCAUCAUCCCUCCCCUCAUCAUCCCUCCCCUCAUCAUCCCUCCCCUCAUCAUCCCUCCCCUCAUCAUCCCUCCCCUCAUCAUCCCUCCCCUCAUCAUCCCUCCCCUCAUCAUCCCUCCCCUCAUCAUCCCUCCCCUCAUCAUCCCUCCCCUCAUCAUCCCUCCCCUCAUCAUCCCUCCCCUCAUCAUCCCUCCCCUCAUCAUCCCUCCCCUCAUCAUCCCUCCCCUCAUCAUCCCUCCCCUCAUCAUCCCUCCCCUCAUCAUCCCUCCCCUCAUCAUCCCUCCCCUCAUCAUCCCUCCCCUCAUCAUCCCUCCCCUCAUCAUCCCUCCCCUCAUCAUCCCUCCCCUCAUCAUCCCUCCCCUCAUCAUCCCUCCCCUCAUCAUCCCUCCCCUCAUCAUCCCUCCCCUCAUCAUCCCUCCCUCAUCAUCCCUCCCCUCAUCAUCCCUCAUCCCUCAUCAUCCCUCGCCUCAUCAUCCCUCCCCUCUCAUCCCUCCCCUCAUCAUCCCUCCCCUCAUCAUCCCUCCCCUCAUCAUCCUCCCCUCAUCAUCCCUCCCCUCAUCAUCCCUCCCCUCAUCAUCCCUCCCUCAUCAUCCCUCCCCUCAUCAUCCCUCCCCUCAUCAUCCCUCCCCUCAUCAUCCUCCCCUCAUCAUCCCUCCCUCUCAUCAUCCCUCCCCUCAUCAUCCCUCCCCGCAUCAUCCCUCCCCUCAUCAUCCCUCCCCUCAUCAUCCCUCCCCUCAUCAUCCCUCCCUCCUCAUCAUCCUACCCCUCAUCAUCCCUCCCCUCAUCAUCCCUCCCACUCAUCAUCCCUCCCCUCAUCAUCCCUCCCCUCAUCAUCCCUCCCUCAUCAUCCCUCCCCUCAUCAUCCCUCCCCAUCAUCAUCCCUCCCCUCAUCAUCCCUCAUCUCAUCAUCCCUCCCCUCAUCAUCCCUCCCCUCAUCAUCCCUCAUCUCAUCAUCCCUCCCCUCAUCAUCCCUCCCCUCAUCAUCCCUCAUCUCAUCAUCCCUCCCCUCAUCAUCCCUCCCCUCAUCAUCCCACCCCUCAUCAUCCCUCCCCUCAUCAUCCCUCCCCUCAUCAUCCCUCCCCUCAUCAUCCCUCCCCUCAUCAUCCCUCCCCUCAUCAUCCCUCCCCUCAUCAUCCCUCCCCUAAUCAUCCCUCCCCUCAUCAUCCCUCCCCUCAUCAUCCCUCCCCUCAUCAUCCCUCCCCUCAUCAUCCCUCCCCUCAUCAUCCCUCCCCUCAUCAUCCCUCCCCUCAUCAUCCCUCCCCUCAUCAUCCCUCCCCUCAUCAUCCCUCCCCUCAUCAUCCCUCCCCUCAUCAUCCCUCCCCUCAUCAUCCCUCAUCUCAUCAUCCCUCCCCUCAUCAUCCCUCCCCACAUCAUCCCUCCCCUCAUCAUCCCUCCCCUCAUCAUCCCUCCCCUCAUCAUCCCUCCCCUCAUCAUCCCUCCCCUCAUCAUCCCUCCCCUCAUCAUCCCUCCCCUCAUCAUCCCUCCCCUCAUCAUCCCUCCCCUCAUCAUCCCUCCCCUCAUCAUCCCUCCCCUCAUCAUCCCUCCCCUCAUCAUCCCUCCCCUCAUCAUCCCUCCCCUCAUCAUCCCUCCCCUCAUCAUCCCUCCCCUCAUCAUCCCUCCCCUCAUCAUCCCUCCCCUCAUCAUCCCUCCCCUCAUCAUCCCUCCCCUCAUCAUCCCUCCCCUCAUCAUCCCUCCCCUCAUCAUCCCUCCCCUCAUCAUCCCUCCCCUCAUCAUCCCUCCCCUCAUCAUCCCUCCCCUCAUCAUCCCUCCCCUCAUCAUCCCUCCCCUCAUCAUCCCUCCCCUCAUCAUCCCUCCCCUCAUCAUCCCUCCCCUCAUCAUCCCUCAUCUCAUCAUCCCUCCCCUCAUCAUCCCUCCCCUCAUCAUCCCUCAUCUCAUCAUCCCUCCCCUCAUCAUCCCUCCCCUCAUCAUCCCUCCCCUCAUCAUCCCUCCCCUCAUCAUCCCUCCCCUCAUCAUCCCUCCCCUCAUCAUCCCUCCCCUCAUCAUCCCUCCCCUCAUCAUCCCUCCCCUCAUCAUCCCUCCCCUCAUCAUCCCUCCCCUCAUCAUCCCUCCCCUCAUCAUCCCUCCCCUCAUCUUCCCUCCCCUCAUCAUCCCUCCCCUCAUCAUCCCUCAUCUCAUCAUCCCUCCCCUCAUCAUCCCUCAUCUCAUCAUCCCUCCCCUCAUCAUCCCUCAUCUCAUCAUCCCUCCCCUCAUCAUCCCUCCCCUCAUCAUCCCUCAUCUCAUCAUCCCUCCCCUCAACAUCCCUCCCCUCAUCAUCCCUCAUCUCAUCAUCCCUCCCCUCAUCAUCCCUCCCCUCAUCAUCCCUCCCCUCAUCAUCCCUCCCCUCAUCAUCCCUCAUCUCAUCAUCCCUCCCCUCAUCAUCCCUCCCCUCAUCAUCCCUCCCCUCAUCAUCCCUCCCCUCAUCAAUCCCUCCCCUCAUCCUCCCUCCCCUCAUCAUCCCUCCCAUCAUCCCUCCUCUCAUCAUCCUCCCCUCACAUCCCUCCCUCAUCAUCCCUCCCCUCAUCAUCCCUCCCCUCAUCAUCCCUCCCCUCAUCAUCCUCCCCUCAUCAUCCCUCCCCUCAUCAUCCUCCCCCUCAUCAUCCCUCCCCUCAUCAUCCUCCCUCAUCAUCCCUCCCUCAUCAUCCCUCCCUCAUCAUCCCUCCCCUCAUCAAUCCCUCCCCUCAUCACCUCCCCUCAUACACUCCCUCCCCUCAUCAUCCCUCAUCUCAUCAUCCUCCCCUCAACAUCCCUCCCCUCAUCAUCCCUCCCCUCAUCAUCCCUCCCCUCAUCAUCCCUCCCCUCAAUCAUCCCUCCCCUCAUCAUCCCUCCCUCAUCAUCCUUCCCCUCAUCAUCCCUCCCCUCAUCAUCCCUCUCCUCAUCAUCCCUCCCCUCAUCAUCCCUCCCCUCAUCAUCCCUCCAUCAUCAUCAUCCCUCCCCUCAUCAUCCCUCCCCUCAUCAUCCCUCCAUUCAUCAUCCCUCAUCUCAUCAUCCCUCCCCUCAUCAUCCCUCCCCUCAUCAUCCCUCCCCUCAUCAUCCCUCCCCUUCAUCAUCCCUCCCUCAUCAUCCCUCCCCUCAUCAUCCCUCCCCUCAUCAUCCCUCCCUCAUCAUCCCUCCCCUCAUCAUCCCUCCCCUCAUCAUCCCUCCCCUCAUCAUCCCUCCCCUCAUCAUCCCUCCCCUCAUCAUCCCUCCCCCUCAUCAUCCCUCCCCUCAUCAUCCCUCCCCUCAUCAUCCCUCCCCCAUCAUCCCUCCCCUCAUCAUCCCUCCCUCAUCAUCCCUCCCCUCAUCAUCCCUCCCCUCAUCAUCCUCCCCUCAUCAUCCCUCCCCUCAUCAUCCCUCCCCUCAUCAUCCCUCCCCUCAUCAUCCCUCCCCUCAUCAUCCCUCCCCUCAUCAUCCCUCCCCUCCUCACCCUCCCCUCAUCUCCCGCUCAUCAUCCCUCAUCUCAUCAUCCCUCCCCUCAUCAUCCCUCCCUCAUCAUCCCUCCCCUCAUCAUCCCUCCCCUCAUCAUCCCUCCCCUCAUCAUCCCUCCCCUCAUCAUCCCUCCCCUCAUCAUCCCUCCCCUAUCAUCCCUCCCCUCAUCAUCCCUCCCCUCAUCAUCCCUCCCCUCAUCAUCCCUCCCCUCAUCAUCCUCCCCUCAUCAUCCCUCCCCUCAUCAUCCCUCCCCCUCAUCAUCCCUCCCUCAUCAUCCCUCCCAUAUCAUCCCUCCCCUCAUCAUCCUCCCCUCAUCAUCCCUCCCCUCAUCAUCCCUCCCCUCAUCAUCCUCCCCUCAUCAUCCCUCCCCUCAUCAUCCCUCCCCUCAUCAUCCCUCCCUCAUCAUCCCUCCCCUCAUCAUCCCUCCCCUCAUCAUCCUCCCCUCAUCAUCCCUCCCCUCAUCAUCCCUCCAUCUCAUCAUCCCUCCCCUCAUCAUCCCUCCCCUCACAUCAUCCCUCCCCUCAUCAUCCCUCCCCUCAUAUCCAUCCCCAUCUCCCUCCAUCAUCAUCCCUCCCCUCAUCAUCCCUCCCCUCAUCAUCCCUCCCCUCAUCAUCCCUCCCCUCAUCAUCCCUCCCCUCAUCAUCCCUCCCCUCAUCAUCCCUCCCCUCAUCAUCCCCCUUCCCUCAUCAUCCCUCCCCUCAUCAUCCCUCCCCUCAUCAUCCCUCCCCCUCAUCAUCCCUCCCCUCAUCAUCCCUCCCCUCAUCAUCCCUCCCUCAUCAUCCCUCCCCUCAUCAUCCCUCCCCUCAUCAUCCUCCCCUCAUCAUCCCUCCCCUCAUCAUCCCUCCCCUCAUCAUCCCUCCCCUCAUCAUCCCUCCCCUCAUCAUCCCUCCCCUCAUCAUCCCUCCCCUCAUCAUCCCUCCCCUCAUCAUCCCUCCCCUCAAUCAUCCCUCCCCUCAUCAUCCCUCCCCUCAUCAUCCCUCCCCUCAUCAUCCCUCCCCUCAUCAUCCCUCCCUCAUCAUCCCUCCCCUCAUCAUCCCUCCCCUCAUCAUCCCUCCCCUCAUCAUCCCUCAUCUCAUCAUCCCUCCCCUCAUCAUCCCCUCCCCUCAUCAUCCCCUCAUCUCAUCAUCCCUCCCCUCAUCAUCCCUCCCCUCAUCAUCCCUCCCCUCAUCAUCCCUCCCCUCAUCAUCCCUCCCCUCAUCAUCCCUCCCCUCAUCAUCCCUCCCCUCAUCAUCCCUCCCCUCAUCAUCCCCUCCCCCUCAUCAUCCCUCCCCUCAUCAUCCCUCCCCUCAUCAUCCCUCCCCUCAUCAUCCCUCCCCUCAUCAUCCCUCCCCUCAUCCUCCCUCCCCUCAUCAUCCCUCCCCUCAUCAUCCCUCCCCUCAUCAUCCCUCCCCUCAUCAUCCCUCCCCUCAUCAUCCCUCAUCUCAUCAUCCCUCCCCUCAUCAUCCCUCAUCUCAUCAUCCCUCCCCUCAUCAUCCCUCAUCUCAUCAUCCCUCCCCUCAUCAUCCCUCCCCUCAUCAUCCCUCAUCUCAUCAUCCCUCCCCUCAACAUCCCUCCCCUCAUCAUCCCUCAUCUCAUCAUCCCUCCCCUCAUCAUCCCUCCCCUCAUCAUCCCUCCCCUCAUCAUCCCUCCCCUCAUCAUCCCUCAUCUCAUCAUCCCUCCCCUCAUCAUCCCUCCCCUCAUCAUCCCUCCCCUCAUCAUCCCUCCCCUCAUCAUCCCUCCCCUCAUCAUCCCUCCCCUCAUCAUCCCUCAUCUCAUCAUCCCUCCCCUCAACAUCCCUCCCCUCAUCAUCCCUCCCCUCAUCAUCCCUCCCCCUCAUCAUCCCUCCCCUCAUCAUCCCUCCCCUCAUCAUCCUCCCCUCAUCAAUCCCUCCCCUCAUCAUCCCUCCCCUCAUCAUCCCUCCCCUCAUCAUCCCUCCCCUCAUCAUCCCUCCCCUCAUCAUCCCUCCCCCUCAUCAUCCCUCCCCUCAUCAUCCCUCCCCUCAUCAUCCCUCCCCCAUCAUCCCUCCCCUCAUCAUCCCCUCCCCUCAUCAUCCCUCCCCUCAUGA